GUGGAGAGCCAUAAAUCACAUAAUCUCUAUUGUCUUCACUCGUUAACCUUUGGAAAGAUGCUUACGUGAGAAACAUGGUAAGCCAAGCCACUUAAUUUCCCUUUUGCUUUAACACGAUCCAUUUUCGGCUUUCGCGCUUUUUCUGGAUCUUUACUCUUUCUCCUCAUCACGAAUCCAAAACUCUCUCACUAAUAAUCAAACACAGCCAUAUAAUUAGUUAAAUGGUAAUCAUUUGCCAGACUUGUUUAGAAUUUUGAAACCCUCACUCUCUCCUAUGGAGUCUCUGCGUAUAACCCAUCGUUGUCCUCGUUUUUAUCGAUCAGUUCCCAAGUUUUUGAGUACCCAUCAGAGUUUUAGACACGUUACUCAAUUGGGUUUCGAUUAUUUGCUCUCGGAGAGGUGUAAAAAUGUGUGCUUGACUCUUGUGAAAUCGGAUAAUAGAGGGGCGGGGUCAUCUGCUGUUGAAGAUGGGGUUGUGGAGGGUAAUGAGAAGAAGGGUGUGUUGUUUGGUGCUGAGAGAGAUGAGUCUGGUAGUGUUGUUGGGUUUAACUUGAAUACUCACUCUGGUGAAAGGAAAGUGGAAUCUAUUGGAGAUGUUGCUAAUGGAGUAGAAGAAUCUGUCGACGUCAACGGCAAAGAGAAAGCCAAAACCAGACUAAGGCACAAUCUAAUUUUUGUAACUGCUGAAGCUGCACCAUAUUCAAAGACUGGUGGACUAGGUGAUGUUUGCGGUUCAUUGCCUAUAGCGUUAGCUGCCCGUGGACACCGUGUCAUGGUUGUUACUCCCAGAUACAUUCACGGCAGUCCUCAAGAUAAGAACUUUGCUAAUGCUGUAGAUUUAGAUUGUCACAUUAAGGUAAAUUGCUUUGAAGGGGCACAAGAGGUUUCCUUCUUCCAUGAGUACAGAGAAGGUGUUGAUUGGGUUUUUGUAGACCAUCCUUCAUACCAUCGACCUGGAAACCCAUAUGGUGAUAGCCAUGGUGCUUUUGGUGAUAAUCAGUUUAGGUUCACUUUACUUUGCCAUGCAGCAUGUGAAGCUCCAUUAGUACUACCACUUGGAGGUUAUACAUAUGGAGAGAAAUGUCUCUUUCUUGCUAAUGACUGGCAUGCAGGCCUAGUCCCUGUACUUUUGGCUGGGAAAUAUCAUCCAUAUGGAGUUUAUAAGGAUGCUCGAAGUGUUCUUGUGAUACAUAACCUUGCACAUCAGGGAGUUGAACCUGCAGUGACUUUCAAAAAUUUUGGACUGCCUUUAGAGUGGUAUGGAGCACUGGAAUGGGUGUUUCCUACGUGGGCAAGGACUCAUGCCCUGGACACAGGUGAAGCUGUAAAUGUACUGAAGGGUGCAAUUGUGACAGCUGAUCGGAUACUCACAGUUAGCAAGGGGUAUGCUUGGGAAAUAACAACUAUUGAAGGUGGAUAUGGUCUGCAGGAAUUGUUGAGCAGUAGGAGGAGUGUUUUGAAUGGAAUCACAAAUGGCAUUGAUGUUUCUGAAUGGAACCCUUCAACUGAUAAACAUAUUGAUUUUCAUUACUCUAUUGAUGAUCUCUCUGGGAAGGCUCAGUGUAAGAUGGCUUUGCAGAAAGAAUUAGGUCUUCCUGUUAGGCCUGAUUGUCCGUUGAUUGGAUUCAUUGGUAGAUUGGACUACCAGAAAGGCAUUGACUUGAUCCGGUGGGCAAUUCCCGACCUGAUGGAAGAUGACAUUCAAUUCGUUAUGCUAGGGUCUGGGGAUCCACUGUAUGAGGAGUGGAUGAGAGGAGCAGAGUCAGCAUACAAAGAUAAAUUCCGGGGUUGGGUAGGAUUUAAUGUCCCGAUUUCCCAUAGGAUAACUGCAGGAUGUGACAUACUAUUAAUGCCCUCAAGAUUUGAGCCCUGCGGACUAAAUCAAUUAUAUGCUAUGAGAUAUGCAUCCGUACCGGUAGUUCAUGCAACCGGAGGACUUAGGGAUACAGUGGAGACUUUUAAUCCAUAUGCUAAAGAAGGGAUUGGUGAAGGCACAGGGUGGACUUUCUCUCCGUUAUCAAAAGAAAGCAUGUUGGCGGCUAUAAGAGUUGCUGUGAUGACAUACAGAGAUCAUAGAGAAUCAUGGAAGCACAUAAUGAGGAGAUGUAUGGAGAAAGAUUACACAUGGGAAAAUGCUGCAAUACAAUAUGAGCAAGUUUUUGAAUGGGCAUCUAUUGAUCCACCUUAUGUUACCUUUAAAAUGUAAUCAAUAUGACCAAAAUAUUAAUCUCUAUUUUAUUAGAAAAAACAGACAGUUAGUAGAUACAUAUAAUAAUUAUAAUAAUAAUUGAGUAUGAAAAUUUUGUAUAUUUAAAUUAAUGUGUUGAAUAAUAAAAUAAAGAUUAUGUUAGGCCAAA